AUGUCAGAGGCAGGACAACGCGUUGUUAUUCUUGGAGGUGGAGUUAUUGGUUCUUCAAUCGCAUAUCAUAUAACCUUACUUAACAAAGACCCAAAUUUGAAGGUUACUGUUGUCGAACAGACUGCGAUUGGUUGCGCUGCCUCGGGUAAAGCAGGAGGUUUUUUAUCAUAUGAUUGGUGUGACAAAGGUCCUUUACAAGAUCUUGCACGUAAAAGCUUCAAACUACACGCAGAGCUCGCUAAAACUCUCAAUGGAAAAAAACGGUAUGAUUACCGUGUGGUUGACACGCUUGAAGUAACUGCUUCUACAAAAGCUGUAAGUGUUAAGCCUCCUCCAACAGAUUGGUUGAAGCCUGGCGUGAUUACAAAAUAUAGAAGUAUUGGUACAACACAGACAACAGCUCAACUGCAUCCAUACAAGUUUACUAAAACUUUGAUUGAAGAGGCAGAAUCUAGAGGUGCUGAGGUUCGGAUUGCCAGUGCUCAAGGUUUGGAAUUCGACAAAUAUAAGGUAUCAGGUGUUCGUCUUUCUACAAACGAAACAAUUCCUGCCGAUAUAAUUAUUAUAGCAAUGGGACCUUGGAGUGGUGAAGCUCUUUCAUGGCUUGCAAAAAAAAGUGGCCGCGCUUUUCAGUUGCCUAACGUUUCAGGUCAAAGAGCACAUAGUAUUGUAGUACGGCCAACUGUUGAGAUAUCCGCUCACGUUUGUUUUGUAACACUUAAUCUUGGUCGAAGAUUCUCCCAGCCUGAAAUUUAUCCACGCCCAAAUGGUGAAGUUUACGUUUCAGGAGAAUGUGACGAAUCGCCUUUACCUGCUACUGCAAACGAUUAUGUUCCUAAUCCCACUGCAAUUAAAAAUUUAAAAAACAAUAUAAAUACACUUUCUCCAGACAUCUUAGGCAAUGCUACUGUGCUUCACGAACAAUGUUGUUAUAUGCCAAUAUCCGAUGAUGACAAACCUUUAAUAGGUAAAGUGCCAUGGCUAGAUGGUGUUUAUCUUGCGACAGGUCAUUCAGUUUGGGGAAUUUUAAAUUCAUCCGGCACAGGGAGGGUUAUUGCAGAAAUGGUUUUGGAAGGACAGGCAAAAUUCGCAGAUGUGAGAGCAUUGGCACCCAUGCGACCGAAAAGCCAUUACAUUCAUUAA